CUUUAACACUUUCCAGUCUCCGUUGUCUGAUUGUCUCAAACAAUCUCCGAUCUUCAGUCUUCACACUGCACAGCUAUACAGUGUAUGCUAGCUCCAUAGAAUCAUACGAAUGCGGGGAGACUGAUACGAUUGUGGAUUUGUGCGUGGUUGCUGAUUGAUUGGUAAUUUGUAAUUUGGAAUAUAAUAAUAGUGAUUGGGAGAGUGGAAUAUGAGCAAUUCGUUAUGGAGUAACUUGUUGCACCAGAGAUUCCUUCCCUCUUCGGUAUUGGAAUAUCGGAGUAGAAGAAUCGGCUCCCCUCCGUAUCUUGGGGGUAGUUCCUUGUUUCAGUCUCAAGUGAAUUCACAAAAACGGAAACCCUCUUUAUUAACUCAGUUAUGCACUGAUAGAUUUACUCUGCAGAAAAAGAAAUUUCCGAUGCCACACCAGCCUUCUGUUUCUGGUUCUAUUCAGGCCAUGUUUGCCACCAAUCCUUCUUCUGAGCAGAUUGCUGAGAAAUUCAACCUUGAAGGGAAUAUGGAACUCCAGGUUGAUGUUAAGCCCCCCACUUCAGGUCAUGUCCUGGUUGAUUUUAAAGUUACCAGCAACAGCAAGGGCUUGUUUCUUCAUUGGGGUGCAAUAAAAUCUGGAAAGGACAGGUGGAUUCUUCCUCAUCAUCGUCCAAAUGGAACCAUAGUAUAUAAGAAUAGAGCACUUCGAACUCCUCUCGUGCAAUCUGGCUCCUAUGCUGUUUUGAGAUUGGAUAUAGAUGAUCCUGCAAUACAAGCCAUAGAGUUUGUUAUAUAUAAUGAACCCCAGAAUAAAUGGAUAAAAAAUAGUGACAAUAACUUCCAUGUUAAAAUUCCCCCAAGAGAGCCACAGAGGCCUCUGAGACUGCCACGGUCCAAUGUUUCAGUUCCAGAAGAUCUUGUGCAGAUUCAGGCAUACUUGAGGUGGGAGAGGAAAGGAAAACAAACCUACAACCCUCAGCAAGAGAAGGAGGAAUAUGAAGCAGCAAGAACAGAACUUUUAGAGGAAAUAACAAGGGGUACUUCCAUAGUAGACAUUCGAGCACGAUUAACGAUGAAGAAUGACACAGUUAAACUCAAGGAGCAGGCUCCUGCCAAAACAAAGGGCACUUUACCCAUAGAUCUUGUGCAAACACAAGCAUAUAUACGUUGGGAGAAAGCAGGAAAACCAUUCUAUUCUUCGGUUGAACAAAAUAGAGAAUUUGAAGAAGCAAAGAAAGAAUUGCAACUUGAACUUGAGAAAGGCAUUUCACUUGAAGAGUUGCGGAAGAAGGUUGUAAAAGGAGAAAUACAAACUAAGGUUGCCAAGCAACUAGAGAAAAGGAGUUAUUCCAGCAUGAAAAAGAUUCAGAGGAAGAAACGAGAUGUGGCUCAACUUAUCAACAAGGGUGCUUCAGGGGAACAGAUAUUGGGUGCAGCUCAAGUAUUAUCCAGGAUUGAGCGUUUUUCCAAGUCUAAGGAAGGACAGGUUGAUGGCCCUAUAAUAACCAAGAAAAUAUAUAAGAUUGGUAACAGCGAACUCAUGGUACUUGUAGCAAAACUGUCUGGUAAGACAAAAGUUUAUCUGGCUACGGAUCUCAAUGAGCCUGUUAUUCUUCAUUGGGCAUUAUCCAGAAAACCUGGAGAGUGGUUGGCACCACCUGAAAAUGUAUUGCCUCAUGGAUCAGUUUCCUCACAUCAUUAUGCUGAAACCCAAUUCUCAAGCUGUGUUUCAGAUAAUCUGUCUGAUAGGGUCCAAUCCUUAGAAAUUGGAAUUGGGGAUGGAGAUUUCACUGGCAUGCCAUUUGUUCUUUUGUCUGGUAGAAACUGGAUAAAAGACAGGGGUUCAGACUUUUAUGUUGACUUUAGUACUCAACCUAAGCAGGAUGGUGAGGGAACGGCAAAGGCUUUGUUAGAUAAAAUUGCAAAUAUGGAAAGUGAAGCUCAGAAGUCCUUCAUGCACAGGUUUAAUAUUGCAGCUGACUUGAUAACAGAAGCGACAAAUGCCGGUGAGCUAGGUUUUGCUGCAAUCCUUGUGUGGAUGCGGUUUAUGGCUACAAGACAGCUUAUAUGGAACAAAAACUACAAUGUAAAGCCACGUGAGAUCAGCAGAUCUCAGGACAGGCUGACAGAUAUGCUGCAGGAUGUUUACAUAAGUUGUCCACAGUAUCGUGGAUUAUUGCGCAUGAUUAUGUCAACUGUGGGGCGUGGAGGAGAAGGAGAUGUAGGGCAGCGCAUAAGGGAUGAAAUACUGGUUAUUCAGAGGAAGAAUGAUUGCAAAGGUGGAAUGAUGGAAGAAUGGCACCAGAAACUGCAUAACAACACUAGCCCUGAUGACAUUGUGAUCUGCCAGGCGUUAAUUGACUAUCUCAACAGUGACUUUGAUAUUAGUAUUUAUUGGAAAACCCUGAAUUCCAAUGGAAUUACAAAAGAGCGCCUACUAAGUUAUGAUCGUGCUAUCCAUUCUGAACCAAAUUUUAGAAGAGACCAAAAGGAAGGCCUCUUACAUGAUCUUGGAAGCUAUAUGAGAACAUUGAAGGCAGUCCAUUCAGGUGCUGAUCUUGAGUCUGCCAUAGGAAAUUGCAUGGGAUACAAAGCUGAGGGUGAAGGCUUCAUGGUUGGUGUGCAUAUAAAUCCAGUAUCAGGCUUGCCAUCAGGAUUUCGGGAGUUGCUUCAGUUCAUCUUAAAUCAUGUGGAAGAUAAUAAUGUGGAAGCUCUCCUUGAGGGUUUGCUAGAGGCUCGUGAAGAGCUUAGGCCAUUGCUUUCCCGACCAAACAACCGCCUGAAGGAUCUUCUAUUUCUGGACAUUGCCCUUGACUCUACUGUGAGGACAGCUGUAGAAAGGGGGUACGAGGAACUGAAUGCUUCUAAUCCGGAGAAAAUUAUUUACUUCAUCUCCCUUGUUCUUGAGAAUCUUGCACUCUCUGUGGAUGAUAAUGAAGAUUUUGUCUAUUGCUUAAAGGGAUGGAACCAAGCACUGAGCAUGUCAAAAAGUGGAAACAAUUCCUGGGCUUUAUUUGCAAAAUCAGUCCUUGACAGAACCCGGCUUGCUCUUGCAAGCAAAGCAGAGUGGUACCAUCAUCUAUUGCAACCAUCCGCAGAAUACCUUGGAUCAAAACUGGGGGUUGAUCAAUGGGCAGUGAGUAUAUUCACUGAAGAAAUAAUACGUGCUGGAUCAGCUGCUUCCUUAUCCUCACUUAUUAAUCGACUUGAUCCUGUUCUUCGACAAACAGCUCAACUGGGAAGUUGGCAAAUCAUCAGCCCUGUUGAGGCUGUUGGUUACAUUGUUGUUGUGGAUGACUUGCUCUCUGUUCAAAACAAAUCUUAUGACAAACCAACAAUUUUGGUAGCAAAAAAUGUGAAAGGGGAAGAGGAAAUUCCUGAUGGUACCACUGCAGUGCUAACGCCAGACAUGCCAGAUGUUCUUUCUCAUGUUUCUGUUAGAGCAAGAAAUGGCAAGGUUUGCUUUGCAACAUGCUUUGAUCCUAAUAUUCUGGCUGAGCUUCAAGCAAAAGAAGGAAGGAUUUUGAGAUUAAAGCCUACAUCUGCUGAUAUAGUCUAUAGUGAGGUGGAAGAUGAUGAUAUCCUGAUAUCAAUUGAUAUCACAGAUGGUGACCCUUCACAAUCUUUGACAUUGGUAAAAAAGCAUUUUGCUGGUAGAUAUGCAAUAGUAUCUCAGGAAUUUACUAGUGAAUUGGUUGGAGCUAAAUCACGCAAUAUAGCAAGUUUGAAGGGAAAGGUACCGUCUUGGAUUGGUAUUCCUACUUCAGUGGCCAUACCAUUUGGAGUUUUUGAACAAGUUCUUUCAGACACUAUAAAUCAGGGUGUGGCAACUAAAUUGCAAGUUCUCAAGAAAAGAUUAUCUGAAGGAGAGUUCAGUAUCCUUGGUGAAAUCAGAAAAACAGUUUUAGAACUUUCCGCACCAUCCCAACUGGUCAAUGAACUCAAAGACAAGAUGAAAAUUUCCGGUAUGCCUUGGCCUGGUGAUGAAAGUCCAGAGCGAUGGGAACAAGCUUGGAUGGCAAUCAAAAAGGUGUGGGCAUCAAAGUGGAACGAGAGAGCAUAUUUUAGCACAAGGAAAGUGAAACUAGACCAUGAUUAUCUAUGCAUGGCUGUCCUUGUUCAAGAGAUAAUAAAUGCUGAUUAUGCAUUUGUUAUCCAUACAACUAACCCAUCCACCGGAGAUUCUUCUGAGAUAUAUGCUGAGGUUGUCAAAGGCCUAGGGGAAACACUGGUUGGGGCUUAUCCAGGUCGUGCUAUGAGCUUUGCCUGCAAAAAGAAUGAUCUCAGCUCUCCUCAGGUACUAGGUUACCCAAGCAAACCCACAGGCCUCUUCAUAAGGCCAUCUAUAAUCUUCCGUUCAGACUCCAAUGGCGAAGAUUUAGAAGGUUAUGCGGGGGCAGGGCUUUAUGACAGCGUGGCAAUUGAUGAAGCGGAAAAAGUGGUACUGGACUACUCGUGUGAUCCACUAAUAACGGACUCCAAUUUUCGUCAAUCAAUCCUCUCGGAAAUCGGUAGUGCUGGGAGAGUGAUUGAGGAGCUGAAUAAUGGAUGUCCUCAAGACAUUGAGGGUGUGGUGAAGGAUGCCAAAAUCUAUGUCGUACAGACAAGACCACAGAUGUGAUCUUCAAAUGCUGCAUGCGCGCUUGCGAUGUCGUUAAGGUUGCUAAAAUUUGGAUUAAUGUAUUAUUAUUAUUAUUAUUAUUAUUAUUACUAUUAUAUGUGAUCAUACAGGACUAAGACUACAUUAUAAAUUGUAUAUAAUUAUUUAUCACCAUACGCCUCAUUGUAAUUUGUAAGACAACCAUGAUUAAAUGUGAAUUUUCUUUU